AUUUCGACAAAAAGCAAGAAGACUUGGACAAAAGCAAUAAAAUCCUUGGUUAAGAAAUUUUGUAUAUGCCUUUCCAACUACCAGAUCAGAGGGAAAUUCGGAAUUGUGUGUGUCGCUUAAGUUCCAUUCGAUUGGCAACCAUGCUCUUUGAAUUUAUUUCUACCUUUUGUAUACACAACAAAAAGAGAUCGUGAUUUGAUUUCUGAACAAAGGACUUAAAAAUGGCAUCAACAUUAAAAGUCCAGCUGGAAUGCAACUGGAGGAGAGUUGGUGGUUGUGAGCUCUCAGACGUUGUACAAACCAGAACGACAUGCGAGGACAUCUUUGUGAGACCUUCUUUGGACGAUAUUAUAGCAGAAGAGAAUGCAGUUCUUUUUGCAAAAGAAGGAUCAGACGAGCCUUGUGAAGUUCAAAUAUGUUUAAAGACGCCCAUUUAUAAAAUUGACUCUAUAUCGAUGGUGUGUACAGCUCCCAAAUUGGAACUAUUUACGGGACCACUAAAAGAAUAUACAGAAACGUUGUAUGGUGAAGUAGCAGAGGAUGAUGAUAAUGACAAAGUGUUCUCAUAUCGGUUCGAUAUCGUAGUGGAAAAGUCGGGCAUAACUGAAGCAGCACUUAAGCUACUUGCUUCAUCUGACGAAAUCUGUAUAUUUGGCAUCUGUGUACAAACGGCGCCAAAUCCGAAUGGCAUAACAACCGGGGUAGAAAUUAACAUGCAAAAUGUUCAAAAUAUGUUAAGUAACACAGGGCAGAAAAUAUCACCACACGCUGAAAAAUGCAUGUUAUUCAUGCAAGCAGCGAAUCAGAUGAAAAGAGCCCCUGUAAGUCACCACUGCGCUUCGGCACUUUUAGAGCAAUUACAUCAAGCAAUGGCUGGUAAAAAUGAUCCUACCACUAGCAAGAAUGCUCCGAUCGAAAAUACUGAUUUCGCGAAGGGCUCUCAAGCUGAACUCAACAUAGCAAUUACGACUCAUAUAGAUAAUAGAUUUGAACAACUAGAACGUAAGAUAACCAAGCAUUUGGAUGCUGCGCUGGCACAACAAAAUGAAAAGUUAAACAAAAUCUUGCAACUGCUCGAAAAAAUCAACGUUGAUUAACGCUCAUGCAUAAAUUACAACAGUAUUCUGCCUUUGAUUGUAAAGAAUUUAUCCAUUUUAAUAAAAUGACAAAGUGCAUAUUGUAAAUACAAUACAUAAAUUUUGUAAUUACAUUGUGCUCGGGCUACUGUGGGAUGUUAAGACUGGUUCUUCUAAUA